AUGAGUUAUGGUAGUAAGCGGCUAAAGGCUGAUCUGACACAAUGUCCUACAAAUGUGAGAGAGGCAAUUGAUUGGAUAUUAAGGAUCACAGGAAAGGAUGAAUUUGGUAAGUCAAUUGAGACCAUGUGUGUCAAUACUUUCUUAGGCCACGUGACCGGAGGGCUAUCAUCUCGUCAAGACUAUCUCAAUGUGCUGAUCAACGAAUUGGGGGAGAAGUUGGCCAAAUUUACGGGAUACUAUGCGUCGUUAGCAGAAGAUAAAUGGUCCCUCGGGAGAGGCGGUAUUGGGCAACAAGGCGCAUACAAAUCCACCUAUGAGGCGACGGCCACUUGGGAAGAUGUUAAAAAUGAUGUCGAACAUAGAAAAACAUGCGCACAAAUCCUACUUGGCUGUAUGCCAUUAAUCUUUAGCGGACUAAGCUAUCUAUAUUGGCAGUGCAACAAGGGCAAGGGGAGCGACGGGAAACCAGAUAAGAGAUGGAACGAUAGUGAACAGAUAAUCAAUCUAGAAAAUGGCUCAAUCUGCAUCUACAUGGAAUCCAUGGGAUAUAAGAGGACUGAACUCGAUGAGAAAAAGGGAUCCGAUGUGAAAGAGCUCCUGGAGUUGAAUUUCGAGGAGUUAAAAAAAUUCGCAAAAGGUGACAAUGGAACGUUCAAUCUUGAACAAGAUCCCAACGCAGCACAAGGAUCGUACGCCGAGUUUGUUAACGCUAUACAGACUGCGUAUAGCAAGACUUAUGGAUCAACUGAAGAUGGUAGGGAGGAGGAACGAAGAACACGGAAGAAACAAAUUGCACAGGGACGUCCACUCGACCGACUGUAUAUGGGAGCAGAAUGGUACUUUCAGAGGAUGCAACAGAAGCAUAACGCUCAACACAGCGAACGCAUUCAACCUGCCAACAUCAGAGAGAUGCUCUAUUGGUUGAUGUGUCUACCAUAUUCACCAGUAUAUAUGGGGCUGGCAAACGGUGUAAUGGCGAAUGAAGCAGAAGAUACAGAAUUCGUAUGUGGAACGAAAACGAUCCCAUCCAUCGCAGACAGUCUGGAUUACUACUUGCUGCCACCGUGCUACUAUGCUGGGUUCGUUUUAAUGUCAAUUCAAGGUGGAUUAGAAGAUGCAUCACGCAAGUCAUCGUCGCCACCAUUCCUCCAUGAGCUGUAUUCCAAUAACUAUUUUCAGUUCUGUUACCCAGACAAUGUCAGCGAGUGGUUUGGUAUGCUCUGGGAUGUAGUAUACGCGGUGUACUUCAGAAUGAACUUUCUCAAGGUACAUUGCGCUGUGGAUCCUAAGUCGUUUUUGAUCUUGUCGAUGGCUAUUGUCUAUUAG